AUGGCUGAAUCGCCGCCUCAGCAGCUGGAGUUGACACCAGAGACACCUGAAAACCCUGAACGCCUGUGGCUCUGGGAGAGGCACGUGUACUUGGAUGAGCAUAGACGCAGUUGGCUGCCUGCAGUCGUCAAGACUGAUGGAAAAUUCCAGGUGCUCUUGCGCCAGGAAAGCAUCCCCUUGGGGCCUGCUAUGACUCCCAGACAGCUGGAGGCAUACGAACUGCCUUUAAUGUGGCAACUCUACCCAGGGAAAAAGUACCGAGGCAGUGACUCCAUCCUCUGGAAGAUAGUGUACCACAUCAAGGUCCUGCAGCUCCUGUCUCCCUUGCCUCCCCCAGGCCCACAGGAGAGAAGUUUGUACUUAUGUUCACUUUGCUGGUCCCCUUCUUUCUUCUCCAUGCUGGGCUCCAGGAAGAAACACUAG